CAAGAUUUGAUUUCAACUUGACAAACCAAUAAUAUUCAAUAUCAUACUUUUAUCACAUUACAAGAUUUCUUUAUUUCCAUAUUCUUCUUUUGGUGUAUUAGAAAGUUGUCCAUUAUUUAAAUCAUCAUUAAAUUUGUUUUAGAAUAAAAUUACACUUAAUAAUCACAUGUUUCGUUUAUUUGGUUAUAAAUAGGUUUUGAUUUAAGUGAAUGAUGGAUUUUAAAACUGGCGACCAAUUUGAUAUCGAAAAGGUAGCUGAAAUUGUUAAGGACGCAGUUGAAGAGGGGAUGGGCAAGUCUUAUCCACUCCCUCCGAGAUUAAAAACCUGGACUACUAAUGUCGGUGAAGAAUGUCUAGAAAAACUUGCACUAAUGAAAUCACCGUUGAAAUAUUUAGUGUUCACGGACAUGAUGGAAGACAAUGGCGCUGGUUACCACUUUUACUUGUCUGCCAUGUGGGAGUCGGAUAAGGACGGAUAUUACUCCUACAAGGAAAAGCGUGAGGCACAACAUGUUUGGUUGGCUGUCAAUGUUAUUGGAGUGGCAAUUUAAGAUGCUCAUCCCCAUAAAAUAUAUUGAUCAGUUCUAAAAGCCAACAGUUACUAUUGAUCAGUUCUUAGAUUUUA